AAUUGGCCAGUGUGUGGUGCUCUGCCUCCAAGCUGGUUUCUGAUUGGCCUGCUGGUGCUGUGGUGCAGCUGCGGAUGCCUUCCUUUAAGAGGCAGUCUAGAGUCUAGACUGCUGCGCUGUGGCCGCAACAUCGACUCUCUCUCUCUCUCUCCUCUCUCUCUCUCCUCUCUUCUCCUCUCUCUCUUCAUCUAUCUAUCUUCAUUCCUCUCACUGCAUGUUGAUCUGAUCCCUGUCUUUGUGUAUUCUGUCCCUUUCUCCUCUGUUCCCUCUCUUUCUGAUGUGAGGAGACUGCAUGCUGAAGAUGAGGGAAGGGUGUAGAUGGGACUGUCUCAGCUCUGAGCCAUGGAAUGCCCCCUCCGUCCGCCACUAGCCUGCUCUUCUCCACAGACUGACCUCCAGACACUCAGUUAGCGACACGUUGCUCCCCUCCAUCUGAACACAACCAGGAAGGGGAAGAAGUCAGUAGAGCUUCGUACGCACAGAGGAAAGGAUUUACAGCUCCUCUCCAACAUAUUAACAGCUAGCUCACCUUAGUUAGUUUGGCUUAGUUUUCCCUUGUUUUCUCUGUGGAUUUGGGAUUUUUAUUUUUUUAUAGAGAGUCAAGAUGGUGGAUUUACAGGAGUACCUGUGGAUGGUGAUCCUGGGCUUCGUCAUAGCCUUCAUUCUUGCCUUCUCUGUUGGGGCCAACGACGUGGCCAACUCGUUUGGGACGGCGGUGGGGUCGGGGGUGGUGACUCUGAGACAGGCCUGUAUCCUGGCGUCCAUCUUUGAGACGUUGGGUUCCAUGCUGCUUGGAGCCAAGGUGGGGGAGACCAUACGGAAAGGCAUCAUAGACGUCAACCUCUACAACGAGACGGUGCCUGUUCUCAUGGCGGGGGAGGUCAGCGCCAUGGUCGGGUCAGCGAUUUGGCAGCUCAUCGCCUCUUUCCUCAAACUACCCAUCUCCGGGACGCAUUGCAUUGUUGGAUCGACCAUCGGCUUCUCCAUGGUGGCCAUCGGCACCAAGGGUGUCCAGUGGAUGCAGCUGGUCAAGAUUGUUGCGUCCUGGUUCAUCUCUCCCUUGCUGUCUGGACUGAUGUCGGGGUUCCUCUUCUUCCUCAUCAGACACUUCAUCCUCAGUAAGGAUGACCCUGUCCCCAACGGUCUCCGUGCCCUGCCAGUGUUUUACGCCUCAACGAUAGGCAUCAACGCCUUCUCCAUCCUCUACACUGGCGCUCCAUUGCUAGGUCUGGAGAUGUUACCGGUGUGGGCUAUAGCUCUGAUCACGCUGGCGGGGGCUCUGGUCUGUGCUGCCGUGGUCUGGUUCGCUGUCUGCCCCUGGAUGAGACGGAAAAUAACAAGUCGCAUGAAGAAGGAGCACGCUGCCUUGUCACGUAUCUCAGACGAGUCCUUAGAUCAGAUCCCAGAGGAGGAGGAGGACACUCAAGUGUUCAAGGAGCUACCGGGCGCCAAGAUGACGGAUGACGCUGUGCUGCCGUUAACGGGUGGCACCGGAGGAGAGUCGCGGAGAGGAGAGGCCACCGGAGAGCUCAACAGCCUGGCCAAUGGAGGCACUGUCCUGCCCAACGGACGGGUCUACGGGCGGACCCACUCCAUGACCAACGGUACCCUGUCCAUGUCCAAGUCCCCACUGUCCAACGGCAGCUUCACCUUCGGAGGGGAACACAUCCGCAGCGACGGCCAGGUGUACCACACGGUUCACAAGGACUCUGGUCUCUACAAAGACCUGCUCCACAAGAUCCACCUGGGACGACUGGAGGACGACCACUCCGCCCCCACGCCAGACAACAACUACCGCCUGCUGCGUCGCAACAACAGUUACACAUGCUACACGGCCGCCAUCUGUGGCAUGCCGGUCCAGCCGCUGAUCCGCUCUGAGUCUCGCGAGGCCCGAGAGGACAGUGAGAAGCUGGUGGGGGAGGGGGAGAGGUCGGGAAGCGUGUCCUACACCAAGAAGAGGGUCCGUUACGAUAGUUACUCGUCGUACUGUAACGCCGUGGCGGAGGCCGAGAUCGAGGCGGAGGAGGGCGGCGUGGAGAUGAAGCUGGCGUCUGACCUGGGGGGCGAGGAGGCAGGGGCGCCGGGGGCUCCUGUCCCACUGGACGACUCCGCAGAAGAGGAUGAAGGGGAUAAGGACAAACCGACCGUCUACCUGCUCUUCCACUUCCUGCAGAUCCUCACCGCAUGCUUUGGAUCCUUCGCUCACGGAGGCAACGACGUCAGUAACGCCAUCGGCCCGUUGGUGGCGCUGUGGAUGAUCUAUGACCAAGGCGGGGUGAUGCAGGACGCUGCUACCCCCAUCUGGUUGCUGUUCUACGGGGGCGUUGGCAUCUGCUGCGGCCUCUGGGUGUGGGGGCGCCGGGUGAUCCAGACCAUGGGGAAGGACCUCACCCCCAUCACACCUUCCAGUGGAUUCACUAUAGAGCUGGCUUCCGCUCUCACUGUUGUGUUUGCUUCCAAUAUCGGAAUCCCAGUCAGUACCACACACUGCAAGGUGGGCUCGGUGGUAGCGGUUGGCUGGAUCCGCUCCAAGAAGGCGGUUGAUUGGCGGUUGUUCCGUAACAUCUUCCUGGCGUGGUUCGUCACGGUGCCGGUGGCGGGGCUGUUCAGCGCCGCGGUCAUGGCCCUGUUCGUCUACGGCAUCCUCCCUUACGUCUGAGGAAGCGAGGAGAGAGGGAGAAAAGACGAGAUGGAGGGAGAGGGGAUGGUAAAGAACGAGGAGAUGCAACGAAUGAGGCUAGUAGGAGAAAAGAGAUGGAUGGAGUGGUUAAUUAAACUGUCUAGAGGGGAGAAGGAAAGAGUUAGAUUCCACGCUGUCUGGGUUCUGGUCCUGUAGAGGGUUAGAUCACACGCUGCCUGGGUUCUGGUCCUGAAGAGGGUUAGAUCACGCGCUGCCUGGGUUCUGGUCCUGAAGAGGGUUAGAUCACACGCUGCCUGGGUUCUGGUCCUGAAGAGGGUUAGAUCACAUGCUGCCUGGGUUCUGGUCCUGUAGAGGGUUAGAUUCCACGCUGCCUGGGUUCUGGUCCUGUAGAGGGUUAGAUCACACGCUGCCUGGGUUCUAGUCCUGAAGAAGGUUAAGAUCACACGCUGCCUGGGUUCUAGUCCUGAAGAGGGUUAGAUCACACGCUGCCUGGGUUCUAGUCCUGUAGAGGGUUAGAUCACACGCUGCCUGGGUUCUGGUCCUGUAGAGGGUUAGAUCACACGCUGCCUGGGUUCUGGUCCUGUAGAGGGUUAGAUCACACGCUGCCUGGGUUCUGGUCCUGUAGAGGGUUAGAUCACACGCUGCCUGGGUUCUAGUCCUGAAGAGGGUUAGAUCACACGCUGCCUGGGUUCUGGUCCUGUAGAGGGUUAGAUCACACGCUGCCUGGGUUCUGGUCCUGAAGAGGGUUAGAUCACACGCUGCCUGGGUUCUAGUCCUGAAGAGGGUUAGAUCACACGCUGCCUGGGUUCUGGUCCUGAAGAGGGUUAGAUCACACGCUGCCUGGGUUCUAGUCCUGAAGAAGGUUAAGAUCACACGCUGCCUGGGUUCUAGUCCUGAAGAGGGUUAGAUCACACGCUGCCUGGGUUCUAGUCCUGAAGAAGGUUAAGAUCACACGCUGCCUGGGUUCUAGUCCUGAAGAAGGUUAAGAUCACACGCUGCCUGGGUUCUAGUCCUGUAGAGGGUUAGAUCACACGCUGCCUGGGUUCUAGUCCUGAAGAAGGUUAAGAUCACACGCUGCCUGGGUUCUAGUCCUGAAGAGGGUUAGAUCACACGCUGCCUGGGUUCUAGUCCUGAAGAAGGUUAAGAUCACACGCUGCCUGGGUUCUAGUCCUGAAGAAGGUUAAGAUCACACGCUGCCUGGGUUCUAGUCCUGUAGAGGGUUAGAUCACACGCUGCCUGGGUUCUAGUCCUGAAGAAGGUUAAGAUCACACGCUGCCUGGGUUCUAGUCCUGAAGAAGGUUAAGAUCACACGCUGCCUGGGUUCUAGUCCUGAAGAGGGUUAGAUUACAUGGGUUCUGGUCAAGAGACUUGUUGACUUCUAUGCUGAAGGAAUCUUGUUUUAUUUUUUUUUAUUUUUUUUGCAUAAAAAAAACUAAUUUGUUCAAUCUUAUAAAACAACCUGCUGUGCAGAUGCAUAUUACGGACAGACGUGUUACGGACAGACGUGUUACGGACAGAUAUACGUUAACACACUAGGAUUCAACUGU